AUGAGUAGUGUUGGUCACACGAAAGCCCGUCGGCCUUCUUUGGUCGAAUUUCAUGAUGCUAUGAAGCCUGUAUGCCUUUGUGACGUCGUCGUCAUCAUCGCUGUGAUGUCCUCAGUCAAGAAAAAAUCGUCGUUUAAACGCCAACAAAUUGCGGCGAUGCGUUACCAUGCCGUGGACAUCGAUGGACCACCGUACUUGAUAGCGCACUUUCCCGACUGUGGCGACACCUCCGAGAAGAUCCCACUCGAACCUGGGCUCAAGCUCUACCAGGUUUUUGAAGGUACUUCAUUAUUUUAUUUUUUUGGCUUUAAAAAUCGAUGUUGA